CUAGAUCUACUCAACGCCAUCCUUGAAACAUCAUACACCCUGGAUACACCAUCCAUCUCUUCCCUUCUUGAAGACUGCAUCACACAAAACUACAACUUUGGUACCACAUAUGGCCAUCUCCGCCAGGUAUGGAAGACCAAUAAAGAUGGCACCAUGCAAGAUGAACUACACAGAUGUGAAGAGGAGGACCAGGAGAAGCGACAAAGAGCACUGAAAGGAAACCAGAUUGUCAACCCUAAGUUACCACCUCGACGUGUCUGGGACCUGUACAGCAAUCGUGUGGUGCCAUACUGGGUUGCCCAGAAUUGGCCGAAACCAAUAUCACAUGCUUGGAUGGAUGAGAAGGAUCGCAUUGACAUGUGGACCCCUAUCAAUGGGAAGGAAUGGCCAGUGCCCAUCCCAAAGGAUGCAGACCUCCACUUGAUUAGGAUUGAGAUGCUGAAUCUGGGAUUGGAGUACACGUGGUUGGAUGUGCUUUGUUUGAGACAGAUUCAGAAGGAUGGGCUGAGGGAGGAUCUGCGUGUGGAGGAGUGGAGGCUGGAUGUGCCCACAAUUGGAUAUGUGUAUGAUUGGGCCUAUCAGGUGGUGAUCUACCUGAGUGGGUUGGGGCAGCCUUUGAGUUUGAAGGAGGGUGACUUGAACAGUGAUCGGAGUUGGUUUAGGCGUGCAUGGACAGUGCAGGAGAUUGGGGAUGAAGACAGGAUCAUUGCUGGGGAUACACCUGAUGGACCAUUGCAUGCCAAGCCAAUUGAUGAGGAUGGAAACUACAAGACAGAUAUACUGACACAAUUUCACAUGCAGUGGAAGUCCUUUUCAACACAGGAUCAGGGUAUUUUUACUGCAUUGGCAAACAUGCAGGAGCGAGUAUCAACCAAUCCUGUGGACAAAGUUGCAGGACUGGCAUUCCCUCUGUGGCCCAAGACAAUACCAGCAUACCAUGAGAGUGAGUCUCUUGAGGAUGCAUGGACAGCACUGGUCAAUGCAAUGUCCUCUUGGAUGUGGGUGGACUUCCUCUUUUUGUAUCCUGCAGUGGGACAAGGAUGCAAGAAAUGGAGACCAACAUGGAAGCAGGUUAUGACAGACCCUCUGCCAAAGAAUACGCUCUGUUUUGGGAAAGUUAAGCAUGAUGAUGAAAAGAAUGAAGACUGGUAUGAAGGGCCUUGCAUUGAGAAGGGGCUGGUGCAGGGUUUGGAUGUGGGAUCAGCAGAAGGAGGUGAUCGACAUGGAGAGUUAGUUGUUGAAGAUGUGCAUGGAAUGGUACACACAUUCAAAAUCAUUGCCACCCACCAGUGCCUGGUACCUGAAGGUUUGUAUACACUGCGUGGUAGUAGUUAUCACUGGGUGUCUGAGCAAUAUUGGGCUGUUGGGCAACAACUGCCAGAACAGAGAUUUGAGAAAGUGUCAGUGGUUGUAAUGGCUGAUAGAAAGGAAGCAAAGAGGCUCAAGGACCUAGGCAUUGCUGUAAAGUGUCGUAACAUUCUUGUUUGA